AAUCAAAGAACUAGUCGAUAUGUAUUGAAACUAAUUAAAUACUUUAAUAGCUUUAUUAAUAAAAAUUUAUCCCACAUAGAGAAAUAUCGUUUUUGGUACUUUUCAAUAAUAGCAAUGAAUAAAAUUUGUAGAAUAUGCCUAGAGGAAGGCGUACUUUCGUCUAUAUUUGCCAAAAAUUACAAUUUAUCGCUAUGUGAGAUGAUAGAAUACUGUAGCAAUAUAAAGAUACAAAAAAAUGAUGGACUGCCAGAACAAAUGUGUAGCAAUUGCGCUUACAAAUUGGGAAUAGCAUUUCAUUUCAAACAGACUUGUGAGAGAUCGGAUAUUAGAUUGAGGCAAUAUUUGGGUCUGGAGUUGACAAGCAAAUAUAAAGAUGCUAAUAUUAACACUGAUCCUAUUAUUACAACUAAAACAACAAUUAUAAAGAAAUGUAAAUGUAUGGGAGAAAGAAAAAAAACUCGCACCAAUUAUAAAAAGAAACCAGAAUGUGAUAAACUUAAACGAGGGCCAAAAGUGAAGCCGAAAAAAGUGCAUGAAUGUUAUGAAUGUCAUAAAGAAUUUCGAUGCCAAGCACAAUUAGAAAUGCAUGUUUGGACGCAUACUGGAGAAAAACCGUUUGCAUGUGUUUUCUGUACUAGAAGAUUUACUCAAAAGCAUAAUCUGACGAUACAUCUGCGAAUGCAUACUGGUGAAAAACCAUUCCAAUGUGAAAUAUGCAGCAAAAGAUUUUCUGCACAAGGCAAUUUACAAGCUCAUAUUAAAACACACACAGGACAGAAAGACCAUGUUUGUCCAGCAUGCAACAAGGCAUUUAUUACGUCCAGUGAAUUAACAAGACAUAUGACAAAACACACAGGCGUGAAAAACUUUAAAUGUGAUAUAUGUGGGAAGAGUUAUUCUCAUAAUAGGGACCUACGGCUGCACAAAAUAAGAAAACACGAUUGUGUACCAAACGAACCAGAAUCUCAAACAGAUGCUUUCAACACAAACAUAGAUAUUGUUGAUGUGGACGAAGUUAAAAACAUACCAUCGUCAUCAGCCAAGGAAACCAAUCACUAUCCCAGCCUACAUUUGAAUAAAAACCAAGAACAUUCCUUAAUACCCCAAAACCACACAUUGCCAUAUGAAGACAAGGGGAUUAAAGAUAUUUUUUCACAUUCUGUAUUUGGAUGAAUAGCUUUAUAACAUCUUGAGCUGAAAAUUAUCAUUGAUUUAGUUCAAUGCGGGUAAUGCAUAAUAUGCAAAUAUGCAAAUACUACAAGAUACUGUAGACUUUAGAUCAUCAGUGUUGUUAGUUUGUUCAUAAAUAAACAAAAAUUAGUAACGAUGGAAGAAUGAUUUUGCUUAAUCAACAAUAAAGUUCAUUUAAAAAAAGUUCCAGAUCAUCUGCAUUCUACAAAAUUUGUUUAUUUAUUAUUUAAAAAAUCCUGUACUUACUGUGUUCCUCCAUAAAUUAUCAUUAUAGAUUGAAGGUAUACAUAAUAAUA